CAGAUUUGUGACGCGACUAGACCUCGCUGCGUAGAAAAUUGAAUAUUUCAACUUGAAAAAGUGAUAAUUUUCCUAAUAAAAUAUUAAAAAAGUUGAUUUGAAUAAACAUUUAAUACGAAAGUGUUAAAAUGGAAGAAGAAUAUAUAGGCAAUUAAAAAGUUAUAUGAGCAUAGAAAAGUAGCACAGAGGAGGAAAGAAAGAGAGAAAGAAAGAAAUAAAGUGUUCCAAAGAAGAGAAAGGAGAGUUAGCAGCGGAAGCAGCUUGUGAAAAAAAGCCAAACAAACGCGCAAGGCAUACGUGCUGCUGCGUGGCGUGUUUAGUUUGUAAAAAGCAAUCACGACAAAGGUGCGGUGUAAAUCGUUAUUAGAAGCUUCAGCUUUGAAGCAAAUAGUUUAUCAAAGAAAAAUUUAAAAACUUAUAUAAACUAGUUUUGUGGCCAAGUAUUUGCCUAUUAUAUUGUAAUGAGUGUCGCUGCAAUGACUAUGGACGAUCAAAGACCUUUGAUGAACACUUACGAUAAAAUGUCGAAACAAUAUGAACAAAAUAUUCAUGGUAAUAAUACCGGAGUAGGUGGUGGGGGUGGUGGCCACGGUAUUGGUACUGGCGGAGCACCACCAUCUGGACCAGCCUCGCCAACGCCAUCCGGUAGUGAAGAGCCAUCACAUCAAUACCACCAUGCACAUCAUCAUCAUUCUCAUCAUCAUCACCAUCAUCAUUCACGCCAUAUGCACCAGCAUGUGGCACAUAUGACUGCUGCGGAACAUCAGCCACCAUCGCCGCCGCCAACUCAGCAACAACAACACAUGCAUCAUCAUAGCCAGCAUCAUCAGGCACAACAACAACAGCAGCAAUUACAACAGCAGCAACAACAGCCAGGCACUGUUGCUGAGGCUGUUGCUGCUGCCGAACAUCGUCAACGCUUGCUCGAAGAUGAAAUUGAGAACCUCAAGUUGGAACAGACGCGCCUAUCGCAGCAAUGUGUGGAUGCACAACGGCGAGAGAAAAUACUCAUGCGCCGUUUGACCAAUAAGGAACAAGAAUUUCAAGAUUAUGUGAGCCAAAUCGCCGAAUACAAAGCAGCGCAAGCACCAACUGCUUUGGCUUUACGCUCCGCUCUGCUAGAUCCUGCUGUUAAUUUGCUUUUUGAGAAGCUUAAGAAAGAAUUGAAAGCCACCAAAGCAAAGUUGGAAGAAACACAAAACGAAUUGUCCGCAUGGAAAUUUACGCCAGAUUCGAACACAGGCAAACGUUUGAUUGCAAAGUGCCGUUUGUUAUAUCAGGAAAACGAGGAACUGGGUAAAAUGACCUCCAACGGCCGUUUAGCCAAACUAGAGACUGAAUUAGCAAUGCAAAAGAGUUUUUGCGAGGAAGUAAAGAAGUCACAAUCUGAGGUCGACGAUUUUCUACCCGAACUGGAUGAGGAUGUUGAAGGUAUGCAAAGUACAAUUUUAUUCCUUCAACAAGAACUGAAAACCACUCGAGAUCGCAUACAGACAUUAGAAAAGGAUAAUUAUCAAUUGAAAACUGGUAAUUUGGAUAAUGAAGAAAAUGUCAAGUCCGCUGAUGCCGAAACCAACGAUGCCAGUUCCCCACAAAUAUUACACACUAGCCACAAUGGCGUUACCCCGCCCACCGGCAACAUCCCAUUGAAUACUACUGAAACCUGUGCCAUACCCUAUAGCGCCAACGCUAAUGUCCUACCACCACCACCACUACACAAUACCAAUACAAUUGCUAAUGAAUUAAAAUACGCACCAACGCAUCCGCUGGAGACCAUUGACGAAAAUGCCUGUCUCCGUAACUAUUCAACAAACCAAGAUUUUUAUAACGGCACCGAAGAACAACAACCGCCGCUGGCAAAUACGAUGGCUGUCAAGACAAUUUUGGAAACUGAAGGUCAGAAUAACAUGAAUUCCUUCAAUGCAGCAUCACCAGUUGCAACAGCCGCAGGUGGUGCCAUGCUGCGCACACUCGCUGCACGCAAAAGAGGUUUUGAUUGCAAUGAUGUGAAUGCCAUUGAAAGCGUUGUAAUAGCACCCGUUACACCAACACAUGUAACGGCGCCGCGUACGUUGCCACCAAAGAAGUCCAAGCUGCGUCGCACCUCGGUGCAAACAAAUGAUUUGAAUGAGUAUGAAGCCGGCGGCAAUGGUAUUACUGGUAUCGGUAACGCACAACAGAUGUUGGUGGCUGGUGGAGGUAUCAUUGCCGGUGCUGGCACACCCGCAGUUGAUCCUUUAAGCAUUGUGGAUAAUGCGGUGGUUGGCAUGGCGAAUGAGGAGCACCCCAGUGGUAUGACGAUAGAUGAAUCGGCUAUUGAUGCCGGUAAUGCGGGCGGUGUUGCGUUACGCAUAAUGACGCGAAGACGUUCGGUGCGCCAACAGCAAAAUGGCAAUAUAGGUGGCGAUAGCAAUCAUUAGGAGGUCGCAUGUUAUUGCAUUAGAGUGCAUAGUGCCCCAAAACAAAGCUAGUUAUACAUACAUGGAAUAUUAAUAUACUAGAAAUAAAAUAAUAAAGUAUAUAUAUAUAUUUUGUAUUUCAACUUGAAUGUGAAAGUGAGUAGAAAAGUAUAGUGUUUUAACCAAAAUAUAUAAGCAAAGCAGAGUAGAAAGAUGCUAAAGGAAAUCAAAAAUUUAUAUAUAUAUAUAAACAAAAAACAAAUGGCAACAAAAAAUUAAGCAACAAGGCAACAAAUAUAGUGAAUCAAUAUAUAAAAUAUUCAUUUAAAAAUCUAUGGUCAAAUUGCGAAGAUCUAAGCUAGAAACGCCGCUGAUCAUGAAUUGUGAAUUCGUUAAAUUUUAGAACUUUAAUUUGCUCGACCUCUUUGCGUAAAUUUAAAACAAAAAUUGUGCAAAACAUUUUGUUUCUUUUAUAUUUUAGUUUACUUCUUGUUUUAUAUACUUAAGCAGCUACAUAUGUAUAUCUUUAAAAAUAAAAUUAAAAAAAAUAAAAAUCAUAAAAAUUUACAAUUAAAAAUCAUGUUAUACACGUUAUGCGUAUGCUCUAUUUACAUACAUUUUAUUUUGUUUUAAUUUUUUUUUUAUUACAAAAGUUAAUCUAAUAAAUACAUAAAUUUUGUUACAAAAUGUUGAGAUUUCUGUAGUGAGAUUAAAUCAUUAGUGUGGCAUUAUAGCUGCAUUAAAUGUUUAAUAAAGAGCAAGGUUGAUAUGAAAAUAUGGCGAAAAA